UCAUGGGUCAGUCUGAGCGCCAACGCCGCCCGCCCGGCCUGCCGCCUAAGUAGUGCGCAUUCAUAUGACAUAGUUCGCUCAAUCCAGGCGUAUUGAGAAAACAAUCUUGAAAAGUUGGUGUUAUAAAUUACGAAAAAAAAAAUCUUUUGAAAUAUAAGGCUCAAUAAAAGGCUGUUUUAUUGUUUAGUCACUUUUUAUUUUUGAAAUGGGUAUGAUUUCACGUGUUCGCGGUCGAAUAAGAAGUGAUUCUUUCUCGAAAAUUCAAAUAAAAUCCGAGGAUAAAAUAGCGAAUAUCGUGUGGCUCAUAUCGUUAGUACUGUUACUGCCCUACUGGGCGCCACGGGGACUCUUGGUGGCGUUAGGGGGAGCCUGGCUUAUGGCCGCAUACACAUGCCUUGUGGUUCCUGUCCUCAUCUCCGCCAACUAUCGAUAUCCAGCAAGAUGGUAUCCGGCCGUCGUGAAAUUUGCGCAAAAGAUAGCGCGUAGGCUGCGAUCUCCGGUGGCAAGAAUCCUCUACGUCCUCAAAACUGCAUACUCCCCUAUCGACCGCGCAGAACGUGUUUUUUUGCAACUGAAUAAUCUCUCGACAAUGAUUAGCCAGUUGCUGAUCUUCACUGCAUGUGACCGCCUCCUCGUAUCUCGCGGCAAGCUAACCUGCCUCUACUCGCUCAUGUUCUACAAUGUGAUCACAUAUUCAGUGAAUUACAUAAAAGAAAUAUGCACUAAAGAAGACUGGUCGCCCUACGUCAAUGUUACUCGGCACUCCCGUGUUAAGCACCUUGCAAUGUCGGCUACAAAAAUAGUACUUGAAUGGACAAAAGCUGUCACAUUUAUCGUAACGAUGACUUUUAUUCUCCUUACACUGGGUUUAGAACAAGGAUUGGAACAUUUCAGGCCAACUCUGCUUUACACUCUCAUUACAGGAACUUACUAUUUAUUAACUGAAAGAACAUUCUUGGAGCUAUGGCCAUUGGCGCUGUCUGCUAUGAAAUUAGAAAGAUUAGAAGGAAUGGAGGCAUUAUAUUGUGGAGUUUGGGCAAGAGGUAUCACGACUGCGAUUGCAGUACCUUUGGUGCCAGCUCUUGCCUGGCACGAGCGCUGGAGGCUCGCGUUGCUCGUUGCAUAUAUUUGUGUUUAUGUGCACGGAAGACACAGACUCGGGGAUGUGUUGGUUAAAUUAAACGAGGCGUGUGACUCUCUAGCCAGGUUUCGACGAGCGACCGUAGAAGAGCUGUCGACUUUGGAAGAUGUGUGUGCUGUUUGUCUAGGAGCUAUGAAAUCAGCUCGAGUGACUCCUUGCGCUCAUUUCUUCCACGCCGACUGUCUGAGAAGAUGUCUUGUUGCAUCAGAUCGAUGUCCUAUAUGCGUUAGACCCUACAUGUUCUGUUGACUCAACUUUAAAGACUGCGUGGUUUAGUUUAUUUAUGACAAUUAAGUGAUAACCAGUAUUAUUCUUAUGAAUGUUAAUAUUAGAUUAUUUAAAACGAUUUAACGAAGUUGGAAUGUAAUGGGUGAGUUAAAUAAUAAUGGAUAUAAAUUGAAUCGCUUUUAUUAUAAAUUUCAACAAUUGGAUCGGACAAACUAAGAUUGUUUAUAAAAUAACGAAUGAUUUAAGGUCACACUUUAUCCAAUACAGCAAUUCCACAAGCCUGGACUCAACAUUGAAGUACAUUAUUAUUAUUAGUUAUUACUCCGAUUCUGCGAGACUUUCCGAAAGGAAUAGAGUACCUAUAGAUAUUGGAAACAAUAUAAUUCAAAUGAGUUAGAUUUACCAAAUGAUAACCGAAUAUAUCUUUAGCAGUAUUUUAGUCCAAAGUAAACAGCGCGCAGAACGUACUGAAAAGGUAAAAAAGUAGAAAAAAAGUUAAUUUACUUUUUUAGUUGCAUUCAUUUGUUUGUAUUUA